GAUCUUUUGAUCUUUCACAACAGUUUUACACAUUGCAACAAUGUCUGCUGCUCCUGUCGAGAAGGUUGAGAAAAAGGUUGAGGACUUGUCCAUCAAGGAUGAGUCUAAACCUGAACAACAACAACAACAACAAAAGGCUAAACCAUCCAGAAAAGAAAAGAAGGCCGCUGCUAAUGGAGGAGGUUCUAACCCAUUAUUAUUAGAUCCUCAACCUGAAUACAUUGAUUAUCGUAUCAAAAUGUUCGACGAGUUGAAGGCUAAAUAUGAUGCCGAAAUUGCAGCCAAAGAACGUAAACCAAUUCAAAUUACUUUAAAAGAUGGAUCUAUUAAAGAAGGUACUUCUUUUGAAACUUCUCCAAUGGAUAUUGCUAACCAAAUUGGUAAAUCUUUUGCUGAAAGACAAGUCAUUUCAAAAGUUGAUGGUGAAUUAUUAUGGGAUUUAGAAAGACCUUUAGAAUCUGAUGUUAAAUUGGACUUUUUAGAUUUUGAACAUCCAGAAGGUAAAGCUGUCUUUUGGCAUUCAUCUGCUCACGUUUUAGGUGAAGCUACCGAAUGUCAUUACGGUUGUCAUUUGUCUUAUGGUCCACCAACUGACGAUGGUUUCUUUUAUGAUAUGUCUAUCAAUAAUGGUGAAACUGCUGUUUCUCAAGCUGAUUUUGGUAAUUUAGAAAAAGUUGCUACUAAAGCUAUUAAAGAAAAACAAAGAUUUGUUAGAUUAGAAAUGACUAAAGAAGAAUUAUUGAAAAUGUUUCAUUAUAAUAAAUAUAAAGUUCGUUUCAUUAGUGAUAAAAUCCCAGAUGGUACCUCCACUACUGUUUAUAGAAAUGGUCCAUUAAUUGAUUUAUGUGUUGGUCCACAUAUUCCUCAUACUGGUAAAAUUAAAGCUUUUAAAGUUUUGAAAAAUUCCUCAUCUUAUUUCUUAGGUGAUGCUGCUAAUGAUUCAUUACAAAGAGUUUAUGGUAUCUCAUUCCCUGAUAAAAAAUUAAUGGAUUCUCAUUUGAAAUUCUUGAAAGAAGCUAGUGAAAGAGAUCACAGAAAAAUUGGUAAAGAACAAGAUUUAUUCUAUUUCCAUGAAAUGUCUCCAGGUUCUUGCUUCUGGUUACCUCAUGGUACUAGAAUCUAUAAUACUUUAGUUGAUCUCAUGAGAACUGAAUAUCAACAAAGAGGUUAUGAUGAAGUCAUUACUCCAAAUAUGUAUAAUACCAAAUUGUGGGAAACUUCUGGUCAUUGGGCUAAUUAUAGCGAAAAUAUGUUUUCUUUCGAAGUUGAAAAAGAACAAUAUGCCUUAAAACCAAUGAAUUGUCCAGGUCAUUGUUUAAUGUUCAAAUCAAGAGAAAGAUCUUAUCGUGAAUUGCCAUGGCGUGUUGCUGAUUUCGGUGUUUUACAUAGAAAUGAAUUUUCUGGUGCAUUAUCUGGUUUAACUAGAGUUCGUCGUUUCCAACAAGAUGAUGCUCAUAUUUUCUGUACCCAAGAUCAAAUUGAAGAAGAAAUUGGACGUGUCUUUGAUUUCUUACAAAAGAUCUAUGGUCUUUUCGGUUUUGAAUUUAAAAUGGAAUUAUCUACUAGACCAGAAAAAUAUGUUGGUGAAAUUGAAACUUGGAAUAACGCUGAACAAAAAUUAGAAAACGCAUUGAAUAAAUUCUUAGGUCCAGGUAAAUGGGAAUUGAAUCCUGGUGAUGGUGCUUUCUACGGUCCAAAAAUUGACAUUGUUAUUAGUGACGCUUUAAGAAGAUGGUUUCAAUGUGCCACUAUUCAAUUGGAUUUCCAAUUACCAACUCGUUUUGAAUUAGAAUUCAAGACUGAUAAUAAUAAAGAAGCUUCCAUCUCUAGACCAGUCAUGAUUCACAGAGCUAUCUUAGGUUCAGUCGAAAGAAUGACUGCCAUCUUAACUGAGCAUUUCAAGGGUAAAUGGCCAUUCUGGUUAUCACCAAGACAAAUCUUGGUUGUCCCAGUUGGGGUUAAAUUUUAUGAUUAUGCUCAAUCAUUACAAGAAAAAUUAAGUAAAACUUAUGGAUUCUAUGCUGAUGUCGAUCUUUCUGGUAACACCUUACAGAAAAAAGUUAGAAAUGGUCAAAUUUAUAAAUAUAAUUUCAUCUUUAUUGUUGGUGAUCAAGAAGAACAAGAACAAAGUGUUAACGUCAGAAACAGAGAUAUCCAAGAAGAACAAGGUAAGAAUGCUACCGUUAAGUUCGACGAAGUUCUUAAGCAAUUACUUACUUUAAGAGAAGAAAAGAGAAGCGAUAACAAAUUAAUUUAAAUAUAAUUGGCAUGUUUUAUGGAUGUGAGUCAAUUAGUUAGUAAUUUAAUGGGGGUUUGUUUGUAUUUAAUUUGUUUUUUUUUUCUUUUUCUAUUCUUAUGUUUGUUCAGUAACACAUUAAGUUAUUCUUAACUAAUAACUCAUUUAUCG